UCUCUCUCUCUCUCUCUCUCUCUCUGAUUUAGCAUUGACAUUCGGCGUCGAUUUUCCACACACACAAGAAAAAUGUAAUUAAAGUCUCACACUUUGUUUAGUUUUGUUUCCAAAUUCCGAUAUGACCAUUGUCCUCUUUUUUAUUAUCCUCACAAAAACAAAACCACGACUCCCACUUCCGCAAUAACCACCGUCAACCUCCUCCGCCCAAACCCACACUCAAGUUCGCAGCUUUAGUCAACACCCAAAUUAAAAAAUUGACCCAUGAUCUUCUCCCGCAGCGACGAUUAGAGUUUCGACCCACCACCACGGCGGCGGCGGACAUGGAUCACCGCGACCCCAACCAGUCCCGCCUCAUCGGAGACUACAUACUUGGCCCCAGAGUCGGGUCUGGUUCCUUCGCGGUUGUUUGGCGCUCACGCCACCGACAACUCGGUAUUGAAGUUGCCGUCAAAGAAAUUGACAAGACGCAGCUCAGCCCAAAAGUCAGCGACAACCUACUCAAAGAAAUUUCCAUUCUCAGCACCAUCAACCACCCCAACAUCAUUCGCCUUUUCGAGGCCAUCCAGACCAAGGACAGAAUCUACCUUGUGCUGGAGUACUGUGACGGCGGCGACCUGGCGGCGUAUAUUCACCGACAGGGGAAGGUCUCAGAAACUGUUGCCAGGCACUUUAUGAGGCAAUUGGCUGCAGGAUUGCAAGUGCUUCAAGAAAAGCACCUCAUUCAUCGGGAUUUAAAGCCACAGAACUUACUCUUGUCAACAACGGUUGAAGAUACCCCACUAUUGAAGAUAGGGGAUUUUGGUUUUGCAAGAUCCCUCAAGCCCCAAGGCUUGGCUGACACACUAUGUGGUUCACCACUGUACAUGGCUCCAGAGAUUAUUCAGAACCAAAAGUAUGAUGCAAAGGCUGAUUUGUGGAGUGUUGGAGCAAUUUUGUUUCAGCUGGUGACCGGGAAGCCACCGUUUGAUGGGAAUAGUCAAUUGCAGCUUUUCCAAAAUAUCCUGACAUCGACUGAACUGAGGUUUCCACAAGGUGCUUUGGAAGAAUUGCAUCCAGAUUGCAUAGAUCUCUGCAGAAGCCUGUUACGUCAAAAUCCAGUUGAGCGACUAUCAUUUAUGGAGUUCUUCAAUCACAAGUUCCUCAGAGAUUCUAGGUAUCAAGUGGAUGUUGAUUAUCCUUCAGUACUUCCAUCACUUAAAUCAACGGUCGAACAGCCUAGUUCUUCUGUCUCCGACAAGAUACUGCAAAUGCGUUCCAGGCAAACCACCAACUCAUCUGGCAGAGAUCUGAGUUCAGAUUUUCCAUCUGCACAUGACCAAAAAUUGUUACAAAGAAAUUAUGGCAGUACAUCCCGCACUAGGAGUGUUCAAGGGCAGGUGCAAGAUAUUGCAUCUCAUAGGAUGAGGAAAUCUAUUACCCGAGAUCCAAACUUGCCGGAUCAGCCCCGAGUUUCUGAUUCAAUGGAGUCUAUCGAGAAAGACUAUGUUAUGGUCAAUUCUUUCUCAUAUUACCUUGAAUCUUCCCUGCAACAUCAUUCCACAACGAGAGCUUCUAUCAGUGCGUCAAAGCAGCACCAUCAUGAUAAAACAGUUCUAAUGAAAACAGAAGAGCAGGCAGCUAGUUCUGUUGGUGUGGAAAGUUCACAAACCAGCGGAUCAGCUACAUUACCAGCAUCUUGUGAAUCAACACUGUUACUAGAAGUGCAAGGACUAUCUAUACUGCAUCCAUCUACUAGGGUCCAUCUGUUACAUCAGUAUGCUCAGGUUCUUGCAGAUCUGUCGCAGGAGAAGUACAAUGCAGGACUAGUUCUAGACUCAUUUUCGGUUCAACUUGUUGUUUUGGCCAUAUGGAAGAAAUCUCUUCAAAUUUGCAGCACUUGGCUGGCAUCAUCUAAAGAGGAUAAAUCACCUGAAGGCAGCUCAGCGAAUGAAUCCUCACUUGUGCAGGGACGUGCUGCCUCAUCAACAAACGCCUCAGAAAAUGUAGAUUUUAGCCGGCCUUCAUCUGUUUCGGUGUGGGCAGAGCAAAGGUUUAUUGUUGCAUUUGAUCGAGCAGAGAAGCUAUCCUAUCGUAUCCAAGAUAUGGAUGAUGCUGCUGAAUUGCCAGAUGCCAUGGAAAUUAUCUACCAAAAAGCGCUAGAAGUUGGGACAAGGGGUGCUGUAGACGAGUACAUGGAGAACAAGGCUAGUGCCGAAGCAUUGUACUCCAAGGCUAUGCUUCUCCUUUCUUUUAUUACAGGAGAAGCAACGUCUCUGCCACUAAACCCUCCGUUUUCCCUAACUCCUGCCAACAAGAAGCGAAUUCAACAAUACAUUCUGCACUUGGAGUCCCGUCGGAUCAAUUUUCUCAAAUCACAGCCUGCUCCUGUGCAAACCCCCGGCUCCUCGGCUAAGUAAAUACGACUGCCUCUGUACAGCCAUUACUGACAAACUGGCUUUUUCUGUGCAUAUUACUGGUAUGCGGGUAAAUCGUGGUCAGAUCGGCGGGAAGUUUUGAACUCUGGGGAUGAUAGCAAGAAAUGGCUCUAUCACAUGACUGGAUAGGGGACGGUAUAUAAUAGCCUCAGCAGGGAAGGCAAAUGUGGAAGGAACCAGAUGGCCUUGAUUGCAUGAGUUUAUAUGGAAACAAAACAACUGUAAAUAUGAAUGGUGGUAACUUCUCCCUUGUGAAGGGUGGCUAUCACAGUAAAUGCCAAAUUUCACGCUGUUUAGGUUUUACCACUAUUUCUUCCUUUUCUUUCCUCUUUACUAAAAAUAUAAGGAUUAACUACAUUUUACACCUUUUUAAGUUUGGAGAGACUUCGAAAAUAGGGUACGAAGUUUCUAACUUUUUCAUAUUACAUCAUAAGGUAUUGAAAUUGCAUUGAUAUUUAUAUCAAUGCAUGCUUUUGGUCUAA